CAGCGGUCCAAGAGUUGCUCGCGAACUUCACGUCGGCAACCAUCGAGAGAGCCGAGCGAGACGCUCUACAUGUGACGCUGCCUGGUGCCUGCCUUUCCGCCAACGUCGUCCACCUUCCGUUACGCACGCGCCACUCCACUCCGCUCUAAGGAGUUUCGCUUUCUCGGGCGCGUGCAAAAACACGCGUUCGUCCGCUUCGUCCUCGCCGUCGUCGUCGUCGUCGAGCCGGCAGCAUGCGUGCUCUGUUGUUGGUGGCUCUGGUCGGGUUUGCCCGCGGGCAAGGACCCUACUUCCAGGAGCCGGAGAAGAUUGUGAGCGAGUCGCGGGAUCUCGGUGACACUCGCGGCCAUUAUUCCUUCUCCUACAAGACGGAGGGUGGCAUAUUGCAGAGCGAGAGCGGCAGUCGCAAGUACGCCGGCACCGCGGACGAGACGCAGCUGAUCCAGGGCUCGGUGCAGUACAACGCACCGGACGGCACCCCGAUCGCCAUGAGCUGGACCGCCGACGAGUUCGGCACCCAGGUGUCCGGCACCCACAUCCCGACGCCGCCGCCGAUCCCGCCGGCGAUCCAGCGCGCCCUCGAGUGGAUCGCCAAGCAGCCCAGCACCCCGGAGCCGAUCGAGAAGGACAAUCCGACGUCCAACGCGGUCCCCCGCGACAAUCGCCAGUACAAAUUAAUCCCGAACAAACGAAACUGAACUGUAACUGGCAUGAAGUGAGACAAGAGAAAAAUAACACGCUCAGUCCAACUCCCCUCCCAGCGACACUGCCAAGAUCCUCUGCACUUUCUCCCUCUCUCUCUUUCUCGUCCACGCAAUGUGACGCACAAUAAAUUUGUAUUUUUAUAGAAAAAAUGCCGAGAAGAUUGUUUCAAUCGUGUUCUUCAACUGAGUGUAGCGGGGGGUCGCGUUACUUUUCAUAUGUAGCAGGUUAUCACAAAAAAAAAACAAUUCCAAGGAGAUCGUUUCAACAGCGUUCUUGAGUCAAUUGUAGUGAGGGUCACGUUGCUUCUCAUGUAGUAGGUAGCCGACGUCGGUCGGAAGGUGCUUAGGGAAAAUUGGGAACGAACGGAGACUCUUUCGUUUCUCAUAUGUUCCGAGCAGUUUGUGCGCAUGAUCUCGUAUUUUUAUAAAUAAAUGUAAUUGCUUUUUUUA